AUGCUCUCCCCUUUCUGCGCUUUUUUAUCCUCUUCCUCCUCUUCCUCUCUCGGUGAUACUACUACUACCAAUAAUGAAAACUAUUACCGAAAACACUUCCAACUCGGUCGAAGCGAAAACUGCCCGCCGUUAUUCGUGGCUCCCAUGGAAGGACUCGGGGACAAAAGGUUUCGAAAAGCGAUUUCUACAGUUGGGGGAAACUUUUACGACGACAUUUGUAAAGAGUUUACCCGAGUACCGGGGAACUUACCGAACGGCGCCAAGGCGGAAAAGUUCAUAAAAAAACUCAGUUUACACGACUACGACGCGUUUGAAUUAGGUUCAGAGGGAGUAAAAGUCUCCGCGCAACUCAUGGGGUCGAACGCGGAGUUGUUGGAGCUGGCGGCGAAAGAAUUGGCGAGCGAAGGCGAGGCGCCGCGAGUGGAUUUGAACUGCGGAUGUCCGGCGAACGUGGUGACUGGGAAAGGCGCUGGCAGCUCUUUAUUAUUGGAUCCGAAUCUGGUGUACGAAUGCAUGCGAAGCGUGAAGAAUGGGUGCGAGGGGUAUCCGGCGGUGCCGAGCUUGAAGAUGCGCGUCGGUUUCGACGACGCGAGUUUGUUUCGAGAGAACGUCCAGGCGGCGUGCGAAGGAGGGGCAGAGAUUUUAACCGUACACGGGAGGACGCGAAAACAGGGCUAUCGAGGGGAGGCAGAUUGGGAGAAGAUUGCCGAGGCGAAGAGUAUUUGCGAAAAGUUUGGCGUCAUGGUUGUUGGGAACGGGGACGUGACCAGUUGCGAACGCGCGGCGAGGAUUUUACGAGAGACCAACUGCGACGGGGUGAUGAUCGGGAGAGGCGCGGUGCAAGAUCCGUUGUUAUUUCGGAGAAUUAAAAGUCGCGUGAGAAGAGACGCGAGUGGAACCGUGACGUUAUUCUCCGAGGAAGAAGUAUCUGAGGAGCAUAAAAUGGAAGAUGAAGCCGAAAGAGUUAUAGUUUUUCUUCGAGCGUUUUAUAACGAAAUGAUUGAAAACGACGUUCGCGAGAGCGAAAAGUCUUCCAGAGGUAAAAUACGCUUGCGCACGAGUAAGAAAGGAAUAAAAAAAACGACCGAUUCGAGACGAGUCGGGAAGUUGAAAUCCAUCGUAAAGUAUUUAUUCGCAGGGAACCCGUAUUUAGCUGAGAAGAUGAACGAAAUAGUCUGCGUGGCCGACCACGAGACCGAGUCCACAGAGAUGUUGAGAAAAGUUGAAGGACUAGUCAUGCAGUAUUGGAAAGGCGAGCCAGGCCACGUCGCGGUGGAUAACUUUUCGUCUCGAACUGGAUACGUCAACGAGCUGACGACGGUGUAG